CUACUCUUACCUAUGACACUCUCAGGUUCGAAUAUGAAGAUUUCCCUGAGACCAAAGAACCUGUUUGGAUCCUUGGCCGGAAAUACAGUGUUUUCACAGAGAAAGAAGAGAUCCUGUUGGAUGUGACCUCCCGACUUUGGUUCACCUACAGAAAGAACUUCCCUGCUAUUGGAGGAACUGGUCCCACAUCUGAUACUGGCUGGGGCUGUAUGCUACGGUGUGGCCAGAUGAUAUUUGCUCAGGCCUUGGUCUGCAGGCAUUUGGGAAGAGAGUGGAGGUGGAUAAAAGGGAAGAGGCAGAUGGAUAAUUACUUCAAUGUUCUUAAUGCCUUCAUUGACAAAAAAGACAGCUACUACUCCAUUCACCAGAUAGCCCAGAUGGGAGUUGGAGAGGGAAAAUCCAUAGGUCAGUGGUAUGGACCAAACACAGUCGCACAGGUGCUCAGAAAACUUGCAACUUUUGAUACAUGGAGUUCACUGGCAGUACAUAUAGCCAUGGACAACACAGUAGUGAUGGAAGAAAUCCGGCGGUUGUGCCAGUCCAACUUUCCAUGUGCUGGAGCUGCAGCAUGCCCUGCUGUGGAGUCAGACGUACUCUAUAACGGGUACCCAGAGGAAGCGGGGGUUAGAGAUAGGCUCUCACUGUGGAAACCAUUGGUGCUGCUGAUACCUCUCCGCCUUGGGCUCACAGAGAUCAAUGAAGCCUAUAUUGAAACACUAAAGCACUGCUUCAUGAUGCCCCAGUCCCUGGGAGUGAUCGGAGGGAAACCAAACAGUGCUCACUACUUCAUUGGCUAUGUAGGUGAGGAACUCAUUUACCUGGAUCCCCACACCACGCAGCCUGCAGUGGAGCCCAAUGACAGCGGCUGUCUCCCCGACGAAAGCUUCCACUGCCAGCACCCUCCCUGCAGGAUGAGCAUUGCCGAGCUCGACCCCUCCAUUGCAGUGGGCUUUUUCUGCAACACAGAGGAGGACUUUAGCGAUUGGUGCCAGCAAAUCAAAAAGCUGUCCCUGGUAAGAGGAGCGCUGCCAAUGUUCGAACUGGUCGAACGCCAGCCGUCACAUUUCUCCAACCCCGAUGUCCUGAAUCUCACACCAGACUCCUCUGAUGCUGACAGAUUGGAAAGGUUCUUUGACUCGGAAGAUGAAGACUUCGAAAUCCUGUCCCUUUGAAAACAAAUAGGAAACUGACUCUGCAAAUUUGUGUUAUGUGUGGGGAGAAGGGGGGGAGGGAAGCUCCUUCGAGAGCCUGGGGCUACCGGUUUUCAUAGGCGCUUGCUGCCAUCCCCGCCUCUUGUCCAUCCUGGCAUUCUGUGCAGCCUCUGAGCGGAGCACGCAUUGUCUGCGUUGGGAUGAAGAACCGAGUGGGUGUUAGAGCCUUACUGGCUGGAGUCAGAAUUUCUUGGCAGAAGACAGUUGCUGGAAGUGGAUGCAGUGGUGCUUAGAAGUUCAAAGCCUAUCUGUUUCAUCAGCAGGUCAGCUGGCCUUCUGGGGGAGGCACAGAAAUCGUUAGAGCGCUCAAUCCUUCCAUGGGGACUCCCCUCUGAAGCUUAAGUAGAGCCGCCAUCGUUUAGCAGGUGAAAUGUAGAGUUAAUUCCUUUAGCAGCUUCUCUUCUCACUGGCCAACUUGGACUGCAGCUCACAACGCAAAUGAACAGCAGACGUGUCCCAAGAGGACAGCUGUGAAGCCCCGGGAGUGCAGGUGGCUGGGCUUCCUACAGUACAACUCCUGCUCAUGCUUUCCAGUACACAACGCUUCCUCGCAGGUGUAGUACCCCUCUCCUGCUCACAUCCUAUGAAAAGGAAGUUGAGGGAACCUAUAAGUGACUGAUAAUUCAAUAAGCGAAAGGCUGUCUGGGAAGGUGCGGAGCAGGCGUGUGCUGGUGGGGAGGAACAGCUCAAUCUCAGUUUAAAUAACAGAAUGGAAGAACAGAAAAUGCAUGUUCUUGCUCGGUGAGUUGAUAAAGCAUUGUGCUUCUACAAUGGAUUAAUCUCUACAGCAAGUAUCUUCAGGAAAUCUGCUUUGAGCAGAGAACUGGAUUCUAUAGUCCUGGGGGGGGCGGGGGGAAAGUAGUCCACAGCUGGGAGAGGCAAGACAGGACAACUGAGAUCUGCCAGUCGUGUGCCUGAGCCCCAGCGUGCUGGCAUGGCAGCUAGGGAUUUAAUCCUGUCGGUACCAAAAACAUGAGCUAGAAAAUUCCCUGAGGUGUCCUUGGUGGGUUGUUCAGCAGUUCCUCCAACUACUCCUGUUAGACAUUCCCCUUCCAAAACAGAAGAGGUGCCUAAAGGCCGAGUAGGCUCCCUCGCUACAUCGGUACCUUUCCCUUUUGUGUCCUGCCUGUUCCCUGUCCCUUGCAGAGUGUGCACAAAGGUACUGUAGGAGCUAACCUGGAGAAACCCAUUUCAAGUAAACAUCCCAAAGGGCAGUAAGGACCAGAAUGCCUUGAGAAGGUCCACAUAGACUGGAAAUUUUAGCUACUUUAAGAUGAUAGCUCUGCCUGGGGCCCUUCUCCACACAGAAUUCAGAGAAAGGUAAACCGUGGAGGAGAGCUGUCUUAAUGCAAACUGCAACAGAAGUUGCUGGAGUAGUCUCCUUCAGGCAUGCUGCAGAUUGCAAACCUGUUUACAAGGCUUUCUUUUGUACGUUUAGGAUUGGAACCUGUCAAUUGAUGCUUUUGUGCCCAAAGGGUGGUGACAGCUGGCUAGAAAUGACCCAUUUCCCCCGUGACUGACCAACUGAUGCUCUAACUGUCCCUGUGCUAUCCAAAAGCAGAGGUUUGAACUGGGAACCACAAUGCUUCUGUCACAAAAUUAUUAUUUGCUGCUUUCUGCCUGCUUCUCCCCUUCUCUCUUGUAGUUAGGGGAAGAGGCAGCAGAGGAAGUGGGGCUGUGCUCCACUUUGCUUUCAAUUUGUAUCUGAAUAAACUGAUCUAAAAUCUUU